AGUGGAAGUUGGAAAGCGAGCGAGAGCAGCAGCACCAACAACAACAACGACCACAACGGGAGUAGAACAAACUCAAAAAGUGUAACAACAGAAAACAUCACAACAACAGCAACAACAACAACAAACAGAAAAAUGUACGGAAAAUCGAAGACAUCCGCCGUUCCGUCUGAUGCGCAGGCAAGAGAGAAGUUGGCGUUAUAUGUUUACGAAUAUCUGCUGCACGUGGGCGCCCAAAAGGCGGCACAGACAUUCCUCUCGGAGAUACGAUGGGAGAAGAAUAUAACAUUGGGUGAACCGCCGGGAUUUCUGCACACUUGGUGGUGCGUCUUCUGGGAUCUGUAUUGUGCGGCGCCGGAGCGUCGCGAUCAAUGCGACCAUAGCUCAGAGGCGAAAGCCUUCCAUGAUUAUGGCUUCGUUAGCUCCGGUUAUGGAGUGAAUGGCAUCGGACCCGGUGGACCACACAAUGCUGGCGGACCGGCGCCCAGUCCUCUGGCACAGAUGCCACCAGGCGGUGAUGGUGGCCCAAUGGGCCCUGGGGGACCAAUGGGUCCCAAUUUUUUCCCAAAUUCGACAAUGCGGCCGUCGCCGCCAACGCACGCCUCGAGUCCACAGCCGCCGCCGUCGCAGAUGAUGCCCGGCCAGCCGCCGUUUAUGGGCGGUCCACGCUAUCCGGGCGGACCACGGCCCGGUGUGCGCAUGCAGGGCAUGGGCAAUGAAUUCAAUGGGCCACCCGGACAACCGAUGAUGCCCAACAGCAUGGAUCCAACGCGGCCGGGACCAGGCGGCGGCAUGGGUCCCAUGAAUCCGCGCAUGAAUCCGCCCCGUGGCCCCGGCAUGGGUCCCAUGGGCUAUGGUGGACCUGGUGGCAUGCGUGGUCCAGCGCCCGGCGGACCAGGUGGCAUGCCACCAAUGGGCAUGGGCGGCGGUGGUGGGCGACCACCGCAAUGGCAGCCAAAUGCAUCAGCGCCAAUGAAUGCGUAUUCGUCAUCAUCACCGGGCAACUAUGGACCCGGACCCGGCUCGAAUGGACCGCCUGGUCCCGGUACGCCGAUCAUGCCCUCACCGCAAGAUAACACGCAAGGCGGUCCCGUUGGCGGACCCGGCGACAGCAUGUACUCAUUAAUGAAACCAGAAUUCCCGAUGGGCGGCGGUGGCCCCGAUGGCAGUGGCGGCGGCGGUGGUGGCGGCGGACCCGGCGGCAUGGGACCCAUGGGCGGUGGUCCCAACUCAAUGGGUCCGGUACUUAAUGGCGGCGGCGGUGGGCCAGAUGGUACCGGUCUCGAUGGCAUGAAGAACUCACCAGCCAACGGGGGACCGGGUACGCCGCGCGAAGAUUCCGGCAGCGGCAUGGGCGAUUACAAUUUAGGCGGCUUUGGCGGUCCCGGCGAGAACGAUCAAACCGAAUCGGCGGCCAUACUGAAGAUCAAAGAGAGCAUGCACGAGGAGGCCAAGCGGUUUGAGAAAGACACAGAUCAUCCGGACUACUUUAUGCCAUAACAACAUCAUCAACAUCAGCAACACCAGCAACAACAGCUUCAGCAGCAGCAGCAGCAACAACAGCAACAACAACAUCUCAAUACGAUGGCAGCUGCAGUGGCAGCUGUCGUUGCUGCUGCCGCAUCCAAUGGCAGUGGAGGUGGUCCAAAUGGCAAUACAACGGCUGCAUCUAUAGCUGCUGCGGCGGCACUUGGAGCAGUUGCCUCCAAUUUGCUAAGUGGCAAUACCAAUAACCAUAACAACAACAACAAUAGUAGCAGCAGCAGCAGCAGCAACAACCACAACCAAUCUGGCAACCCGACGACUGUGCCUACUGGCGCGCAUUUUGCAAAAGAACUCAAUUUCUAAAUAAACACACGGUAGUGAAAAUCCUCGGUACAUAAGCAUAAAGUAAAGUAAUUAUUAUAUGUAAUAGUCUAAAAGAAAAAAAAAAAAACAAAAAAAAAAUAUGUAAAAUUGCAAAUAAUAAGCGGAGCAAAAGAAAACCAAACAACAAUAUUCCAACUCACAUUUCAAAUUCAAAUGCUAACAAAUGCGACCAGGUGGCAACGCUAGCGGUUCAGUGGCUGACUUUAACAUGGCAGAAACCGAAAACAACAAAGCAAAAUAUACUUAAAAUGCAAACAACAACAGCAAGAGCAACAAACAAUAUGUUUAGCAAUGUCUUCUGAAUAGUUUUGUUGCAACAAGUCAAAAAAAGAAGAAGAAACAAACAAACAAAACAAAAACAAAAAAUUGUAGCCUCCAUAUACACAAAACACACACAAUCUGUCUACUAAUUUUUAGCAAUUUAAUCCUUUUACUUGCGCUUUGCAUUAUUAACAAAAAAAAUAAAAAUAAAAAAAUCAAAGAAAAAAAGAAGGAAUAUUUAACACAGCUACACCAUCUAUGUACAUUUUCUGUUUGUGUGAU